AUGGGCGCGCGGGGCGGUGGGGCCGUGCGCAUGGCGGGGCCGCUGCGGGCGGUGCUGCGGGGGGGACGGGCUCUGCUCGCCGCCGCCUCGCGCUCCAUGGCGGCUCCCGGGCCUGAGGCCGCGCGGGGCCAACCCGCCACCGCCGGCAUCGUCGUGAUCGGCGACGAAAUACUCAGGGGCCACACACAGGACACCAACUCCUUCUUCAUGUGCCGCCGGCUGCACGCCCUGGGCGUGAAGGUGGUCCGAAUCUCCGUGGUACCUGACGAGGUGGACGCCAUCGCCGACGAGGUGGCCACCUUCUCCUCCCGCUUCACCUACGUCCUGACCUCGGGGGGGAUCGGCCCCACGCAUGAUGAUGUCACUUUUGAGGCCGUGGCCAAGGCCUUUGGCGAGAAGGUCACCCUCCACCCCGAGCUGGUGGCUCUGGUGCACAAAUUCUUUGGCAAGAUGGACAUGGAAUGCCCCGAGAUGAAGCUGGCUCGCGUCCCUGAGUCCUCCUGCCUCAACUACGGCACGGACGGGCGCACGGGCAAUGCUUUCAAGUACCCUUUGGUCAACGUCCGCAACGUUUACAUCUUCCCUGGCAUCCCGGCACUGAUGGAACGUGCUUUGGAUGGUCUCACUCACCUCUUCCGCAGCGCCAACACCCGUUUUCACUCCCGGGAUAUCUACGUGGCGGCCGACGAGGUCCUCAUCGCGCCUAUGCUCUAUGAAACCAAUGCCACCUUCCAGGGCCGCGUGGCUUUGGGUUCGUACCCAGAUUGGGCGAACAACUACUACCGCGUGAAGCUGACGUUGGAAUCCGAGUCGGAGCAGGAUCUGGAGGAAGUGCAUCGCUUCCUGAUGGAGAAGCUGCCGCCGGGCGUUGUUGUGCCGUUGGUGACCGAUUGCGUCGCGUUGGCGGCCACGCAGGUUUAUGACCUGGCGGAGUCAGACUCAGCACUGGGGCACAAAGUGGCGGUGGCGCUGCAGAUCAUCGAAGAGGCUUUGGGACGGCACAGUCUGGCGGAGCUCUGCGUGGGCUUCAACGGCGGCAAGGACUGCACGGCGCUGCUGCACCUCGUCCACGCCGCCCUGGAAAGGCGGCACCCGGCGAGGCAGGAGAAGCUGCAGGUGCUCUAUAUCCGCACCGGGUCCCCUUUUCCGGAACUGGAGCAGUUUAUCCAGGCGACCGUCCAGAGGUACCGGCUCGAGCUGGUGACGGUUCCCGGCUCCAUCCGCGAGGCUCUGGCGCAGCUGAAGGAGCAGCGGCCGCGGCUGGAGGCGGUGCUGAUGGGUACGCGCCGCACCGACCCCUACUCGCGCACGCUGACCCCCGUGUGCCCCACGGACGCCGGGUGGCCGUCCUACAGCCGCGUCAACCCCCUCCUGGACUGGACCUACCGGGACAUCUGGGAGUUCCUCCGUAAACUUUUUGUCCCGUACUGUGUCCUCUACGACAAAGGCUACACCUCAUUGGGCAGCAUGGCCAACACGCUGAAGAACCCGGCGCUGCGCUACACCGACGCUCGCGGCCGCGAGAGCUACCGGCCUGCCUACGAGCUGGAAAACGAGGAAGAGGAGCGCACAUCCCGCCACUGAAGGCUCUGCAGCGACGCUCGUGGUGAUAAUCUCCGUCACCGACGUCUCUGGCGCUGCGCAAUGAAUAAAUCCGGUGGUGGAUUGCGUCAGGGGGGAGGGAUAGAGUGGAUGUUGGGGAAUAUUUCUUCCUCGAAAGGGUUUUCGGGCAGUGGAAUGGGUGCAAAUGGAUGCGGUGGAGUCUCCGUCCCCUGGAGGGGAUGAAAAUCGUGGAGAUGUGGUACUUGGGGAUGCGGUUGAGUUGGCGCAGUGGGGAUGAGCUGGUGGUUGGGUUGGAAGAGCCGUGAGGGCUUUUCCAACCUUAAUGAGUUCGUAGAAUCAUAGAAUCCUGGAAUGGUUUAGGUUGGAAGAGAUGUCAAAGCCCAUCCAGUUCCACCUCCUGCCAUGGGCAGGGACACCUCCCGCUGGCUCAGGGGCUCCAAACCCCAUCCAACCUGGCCUGGAACCCCUCCAGGGAUGGGAUCUGGGGGUUCUGGUUGACGUCAAGUGAGAAUUAUGGAGCUACGAGAUGGUUUGGGUUGGAAGGGACCUCAAAGCCCAUCCAGUCCCACCCUCUGCCACGGGCAGGGACACCUUCCACUGGCUCAGGGGCUCCAAACCCCAUCCAACCAUGCCUGGAACACCUCCAGGGAUGGGGCAGCCACCGCUGCUCUGGGCAACCUCUUCCAGGGCCUCCCCACCUUCAUCGUGAAGAAUUUCUUCCUAAUGUCCCAUCUAAAUCUUCCCCCUUUCAAUUUAAAGCCAUUCCCCCUCGGUCUCUCUCUGCACUCCCUGAUCAAAAGUCCCUCUCCAGCUUUCCUGGAGCCCCUUUUCCAUAUCAGAAGCUGCUCUAAGGUCUCCAUGGAGCCUUCUCCAGGCUAAACACCCCCAACUCUCUCAGCCUGUCCUCAUAGCAGAGGUUCUCCAAGCCCUCAGAUCAUCUCCGUGGUCUCCUCUGGACUCGCUCCAACAGCUCUACGUCCUUCUUAUGUUGAAGACUCCAGAAUUGGACACGGGGCUCCAGGUUGGGUCUCACCAGAGCGGAGCAGAGGGGCAGAAUCCUCUCUCUCCGUGGUGGUCCCACUGCUUUGGAUGCAGUGCAGGACACGGGUGGUUUCUGGGCUGUGAGUGCACGUUGCUGACUGUCUCGUGGAACUUCUCAUCUUCCACCACCCCAAGUCCUUCUCCUCAGGGCUGAUCUCAACCCCCUCAUCCUUCAGCCCAUAUUGAAACCAUCCAAGAUUCUAUAAUUCUAUGACUUUUCCUUCACUACAAGGGUUCUCGGGCACUGGAACAGCUGCUCAGGACAGUGGUGGAGUCCCCAUCCUUGGAGGGAUUCCAAAAACCACGUGGCUGUGGCACCUGAGGACUUGAUUUGGGCUCAUAGUUGGACCGCAUGAAUUAAGAAGCCUUUUCCAACCUCAAUAAUUCCCCGAUUCUAUGAGUUUUUCAUCCUGGGAAAGCUUGGCAGAGGCUUCCCAGAGCAGGGAUGGACCUUCCGUCCUUGGAGAGGUUCAUAAACCACAUGGACAAGUUGCUCCGAGAUGGUUCGGUGAUGGACGGGGAACGGUUGCUCUCCAUCUCAAAGGUCUUUUUGCAACCAAACGAUUCUAUGAAUAAAGCUGCUGUGCUGUGCGCCGCGUUCCGGGCUCCGAACGGCCACCGCUACCUCAACAAAAGCAUCGGCCGGACUUCGGAAUCGCCGAGAACGCGACAGAUUCCAGCGCUCAGCAGGUCCUGCGCGUCGCGUGGUUACCCGUUGGCCUCACGUCCCGCCGCCCCCUUUUGCCGGCCAUGCGCCUGCCGCGCACCGCGGGCGCACCGGGACGAGCAGCGAGGGCCGUGGCGGUGCCGGCUGCCGCGACGGCUUCGCUGGGGCUGCGCUUGGGCGCGUGGCUGCUGCGCCUCCUGCGCCGCUGCGUCUACCUGCUGCUCUGCAGCUGGUGCAUCCACGAGCUGCUCGACUAAAGGGGGGGGGGUGUUCCCCCCCGCGGACACCACAGGACCACCCCCCCCCC